AUGAAUACUAUUCGUUUUAUCUUUGAGAUUUCUAUAUUUGUAGGCGGCAAUAGUGGCACUUUGACAGAUAUACCAAUCUUUUCUCUUAGGGCAUUGCGCAGACACAAGGAACCUCCAGCUCUGAAAAAUCAGGAUGACCCUGUAAAGCUGCAAUCAGACAACCGACCCGAUUCUCCAAUACCUCCAUCUUCCAGCCAACAUGGUAUCCAAACCACACGGUCAAUCAAAUCCUUUGAACCACAGGACCUAUGGCAGACUGCCUAUGAUCAGCUCGAUGAGGAAAAACAAAGAAUUUUAUCUGCAGUUAAAGCCACUGCAAACCCGACUGAGCAGCUGGAUGAGGUUAUCAACUUGACCACCAAGCAAUAUGCGGAAUUUCAGCAAAACGGUAAUGGAGGAUUUCGGACUUCCUCCAGGAAAAUCAUCGAUGCUGCGCUGUCUUUUAAUAAUAUCAUCAAGGCUGUUGCAGCUUUUGACCCUACCCAGCAUGCUGCUAGUGCUUGGGCAAUUGUAUCACUAGGGUUGACGAUGGCCAAGAAUCAUCAUGACCGACGAGAUGCCCUAUUCGAAUCAUCGGAUUAUCUGGCAGAUACUCUCGCACAGUGUGCGUUUAUCGAAGCGAAGCUCUACCGUGAGGGCAGAUCCAGUCACCUACAAGACUUGAAAAAUCCAUUAGUCCGACUCUAUAAAGCAAUCCUUCACUACACAGCACUAGUACAGAAGGCCCAAACUGCCAACAAGGCAAGACGUCUGCUGGACUGUGUCUCUGCCAUCACAGAGAACCCGCUCACAGAGCUCAAGGCGUCAGUUGAAACGGAAAGAGAGAGUCUCCGCAGGUGGAUUGAGCUCGGUGAAUACCUCCACCGUGAAGAGGAGGCAGAGAACAUUUUAGAUGAGAUUGAUGAACUUGCUGGAUCUAUGAAGCAACUCACUGAGCAGUCUGGCUUUAAGAAUUUGCCCAUCGCGGAAGGAGCAUUUUUUGACUCCUAUGUUAAUCAACAUGAGGAUUUCUGCCUCCUAGACACCAGAACGGAUCUUCUUCGCCAGGUCUUGGAGUGGGCUCAAUCAGAAGGUCAAUUUAUCUUCUGGUUGAAUGGAAUGGCAGGGACCGGAAAGUCCACUAUUGCUCGGACGCGAGGGGAAGCCGACCGUGACAAUGCGCGACGUUUGAUAUCAACAAUUAUAAGACAGCUGGUAACUAGAUACCAGCAACUAGUACCUGCUGUCUUGGAUGCUAUGAAAACUGAUUUGAAUAUCGCGUCUAAAUCCCUCGGUGAACAGUUCAACAAGCUUCUUUAUCAGCCCCUUAUGAGCCUACAUCCAGACCAAUCGACGACAACUGUGAUUAUUAUUGACGCCUUGGACGAAUGUGAUGGUGAAGAUGAUAUAAAAGCGAUACUUAAAAUCUUGUUCAAAUUACAGGAAAUCCAAUCUAUACAUCUGCGAGUGUUCCUGACCAGCAGACCUGAACUCCCAAUUCGCCUUAAGUUCAGGGAUAACGAGAACCAUCAGGACCUGAUCCUCCAUGAGCUGCCUAAGCCAGUGGUUGAACACGAUAUUCGCGUGUUCCUGAAACAUAAGCUUUCAGAAAUACAGUUUGAGCGCUCUCUUUCCCCAGAUUGGCUGGGGAAUGACAAUAGAGAAAGGCUAGUGCAGGUGGCUGUUCCGUUAUUCACUUUUGCAGCCACGGCAUGUCGUUUUAUCAGAGAAGGGACGCAUCCACAAAAGCGGCUCCAGAAGUUUCUUGAAUUUCAAGCUACAGGUAAAAAUCAGAUGGACAAGAUAUAUUUACCGAUCCUGGAUCGGUUAAUAGGUGAUGACGAAGAGGAUGCAAAGGAGCUUGUGAAAGAAUUCCAGGAUGUUGUCGGCAUUAUUAUUCUUCUUGCUACCCCGCUCUCUAUUGGGUCUCUGGCCCUUCUUCUGGAAAAGUCAGCACAUGAGGUCAGUGAGCUAUUGGAUCCUUUACAUUCAGUGCUCAAUAUACCAAGUGAUAGAGGUGCUCCAGUGCGCAUUCUGCACUUAUCUUUUCGAGAUUACCUCCUAGUCACAGAAAGCCCAUUCCGUAUUCAUGAGCAAGAGACUCAUGGGAAAAUAGCGUCACAUUGUCUCCGGCUUAUGAAUACCCAGCUUAAACACAAUGUCUGUGCUCUGGCAAGUUAUGGAGCACAGCGUGAGGAUAUUGAUCCUCAGAUGAUUAAUCAACGCCUCACAGCUGGUCUACAGUACUCCUGCCGCUAUUGGGUACAUCAUCUGAAGGAGAGCAACGGUCAUAUCUCUGAAUCUGAGAUUCUUGCUUUUCUCAAAAAACGGUUCCUUCAUUGGCUGGAGGCACUGGCUUUGAUUGGAAGUAUAUCAGAUGCAGUGGAGAUGAUAAAUACACUGCAAUCAAGUACAAGGGAAAGCAUUAGUACAGAGCUUUCAAACUUUCUCAAUGAUGCAAAAAGGUUUACUCUACAAAAUAGCUAUAUCGUUAGCAUGGCUCCACUCCAACUUUACUGUUCUGGACUGGUGUUUGCACCUGCCCAAAGCAUUGUGAGGAAGAAUUUUCAUGAUGAAAUAUCAAAACAUAUAAAAACACUGCCAGCAAUGGAAGAUUCAUGGAACUCAGUUUUACAGACGCUUGAGGGCCAUUCAUUUCCAGUCAAUUCUGUGGCAUUCUCCCCCGAUGGAUGCACGCUGGCGUCUGGCUCGUAUGACAAGACUGUCAAGCUCUGGGAUGUGACCACUGGCACGCUGCGCCAGACGCUUGAGGGCCAUUCAGAUUGGGUCAAGUCUGUGGCCUUCUCCCCCGAUGGAUGCACGCUGGCAUCCAACUUGUAUGGCAAUACCGUCAAGCUCUGGGAUGUGACCACUGGCACGCUGCACCAGACGCUCGAGGGUCAUUUAAAUUCAUCACUCCCCCGGUCGGGAAAACUCUUGUUCCUUUCCACUCCCAAUUAA